AUGACAAGUGAAAACAACAACGAUUUAACCAACAACUUCGCUAUCAUCUGGUUAGAUGGUACUAUUGAAAAGACCAGCGGUAAUCGAGAGACAAAAGCACUUUUACGACAGCUGGUUAAAUGUCGUUUACUAACAUUUGAUGAUCCAGAUAAAUGUAUUGAUCAUAUAUCCGAUGAACCAACAACAAAACGAGUAUUUCUUAUUGUUUCCAAUGCAUUUGGUCAAAAGGUUAUACCACUUAUACAUGAUUUACCACAUUUACAAGGGACAUACAUAUUCUGUGGUGACCAAAAAAGUGCUGAGAUAUGGGCUAAACCAUAUUCAAAAGUCUCUGGUAUAUUCACAAGAAGAGCAGAACUAUUAGAUAAAAUUGGUAAUGAUGUUGGUAUGCUUAAUAAAGAUGAAGAUUUACCAAUGAGUAUAUUUCAUCUUACGGAACAAGAAAAUUCAUUACAGCAAUUAAGCAAAGAAAGUGCAACAUUUAUGUGGUAUCGGUUAAUAUUAAUAGUUCUUCGAUUAAUAGCAAAGUUCGGUGAUUCAAAAAAUGAAAUGAUUGCUGAAUGUCGAGCAGCUUAUCAUAACAAUGAAGCCGAACAAAAGAAAAUAAAUGAUUUUGAGCGAAACUAUUGUGCAAAAGAAAUAUUUUCGUGGUAUACAAAAGAUAGUUUUGCAUUUCGAUUAUUGAACAAGGCUUUACGAACACAAAAUAUUGAAGUUAUAUUUAAAUUUCGAUUUUUCAUCAAUGAUCUUCAUAAUCAAAUCGAACAACUUUAUCAUCGAUAUUUAGAAGAUCAUUCUUCUAGUAUUGAUCAUCAUGAUAUAAGAGUUUAUCGUGGUCAACGUUUAAAUAUGACAGAAGUUGAUAUACUUAAACGUAAUGUAAAUGAACUUAUUUCAAUGAAUAGUUUCUUAAGUACUACAUUUAAUAAAAAAUUAGCUAAAGUUUUUGCUGGUACAAAUGAUCAAUCGAAUGAAUCAUCAUCAUUACAAUCCGUUCUUUUCAUAAUUGAUAUAUGCAAUAUGAAUAAAGAGAUGGCACCAUUUGCAAUCCUUGAAAACUCGCCGUGUUCUCAAGAUAAUGGAGAAGAAGAAGUACUUUUUUCGAUAUGUGCUAUUUUUCAGAUCCGAUCAGUUAAACAAGAAGACGACAUGUGGUAUGUUCAUUUACAAUUAACUAAAGAACAAAACGAACUUAGUCAAAAUCUUUCGAAAUAUAUGAUGAACCAAAUUAGUUCGGAACCAGACCCAUUAUCAUUCGGUUGGUUUCUUUUUCGAAUGAGUGACUAUGACAAAGCUGAACGUUAUACGAAAUUAAUGCUUAAACAACUUCCAUCGAAUGAUAAAGGAAUUGGAGAUGCUUACAACUUAAUUGGUCUCAUCUAUUAUGACACUCAUCGUCUCGAGCAAUCCGUUGAAUGUUAUGAGAAAGCCCUUGAUAUUUAUACUCAAUUGAAUUGUUACAAUAGUUUACAAGUUAUUGCUACUCAUUAUAAUCUUGGUUUGGUUUAUUUGACAUUAGGAGAAACUCGAAAUGCAGAAGACCAACAGAUACAAGCCGAAGAGAAGUUUUUCAAUUCCUCACAACCAAAAGAUUCAUUAGUCAUAACUGCAAUAAAAGGUCUUAAAGCUAAAAUUCAAGCAGAAUAUGGUAAUGAUGCAAAUGCUUUGAAAAUUCUUGAAUUAGUUUUAAAGGAUAAAAUGCAGAGACUACCAGCAACUCAUCCUUCAAUAGCAUCAACAUCGAAUACAAUAGGUAUUGUGUAUGAAAAAAUGGACAAUAAUGUAAAAGCACUUGAAUAUUUUAGAAAAGCAUUAGAAAUUGGGAAGAAAGGUUUAACAAUCAAUCAUAAGGAUUUAGCUGAGUAUCAUACAAAUAUUGCUCGUAUUUAUGACAAACAGAAACAAUUUCAACUUGCUUUACAACAAUAUGAAUUAUCAUUAGAAAUUAUGGAGAAUUACCGAGAUGAAGAAUAUGAGAAGAUUUCUAUAUUAAAUACAAAUAUCAUCGAGAUGAAAAACAAAUUACAUUUGUCUCAAAUUUACGGAUGA